CUUUCCUGCUAGCAAGCAUACAUGCAUGUCAUGCUUUCUGAAAAUGUGUGUGUGCAUGCGUGUGUACUGCCCUCCAAAGGGGCGGGUCAGUCCUGCGCUUCCUUAUUUGGAUUGUGGGGUUGAGGGUCGCACGGCAUCGAACAGUCUGCUAGUGAUAGACACAAAACUUUGGAAGACCUGACAUGAACCCAGGAAGCUAAAGUACACUAAAACCUUGUGAUUAGUAAACAACAUACAUUUGAGAAGAGAGAGCAAAGGUAAGAGGGAAAACAUCUGGACGGACGAAGAGAGCAAGAGUGGCGGAGAAGGAAAUAAGGCUGUGGCAACAGCACAUGGUGUAAAAAUGCCUACUAAUUUUACGGUGGUCCCGGUAAAGGACGGCUCGCAAAAGGCAAAAGAGACGAUUGAAGAAGAAGACGGCAUUAAAGACAAUGACUUAAAAGAUGAUGUGGACGUUGAAGGUGAUGGCGUCCCUAAGGAAAACAGUCCAUUCAUCAACAACACAGAAAAUGACAAGAGCAACAGUUAUGAUGGCACAAACAUGGCACUCUUUGAGGAGGAGAUGGACAGCAACCCCAUGGUGUCAUCACUUCUCGAUAAACUGGCAAAUUACACCAAUCUCACUCAGGGGGCGCAGGAACACGAGGAGGCAGAUGAAGAGGAGAGUUCCAAGAAGAAAGCUGUCAAGAGCCCUCAGAUGGGGACAUUCAUGGGCGUCUAUCUCCCCUGCAUCCAGAACAUUCUGGGAGUAAUCCUGUUUCUACGUCUUACCUGGAUUGUGGGCACAGCUGGUAUUUUAGAGUCUUUGGCCAUUGUUGGCUUGUGCUGCUCGUGUACCAUGCUGACAGCAAUAUCCAUGAGUGCCAUUGCCACCAAUGGUGUUGUGCCAGCUGGGGGCUCCUACUAUAUGAUUUCUAGAUCACUUGGUCCUGAGUUUGGGGGAGCUGUAGGCCUUUGCUUUUAUCUAGGUACGACAUUUGCUGGCUCAAUGUACAUCCUGGGUACUAUAGAGAUUCUACUGACUUACAUCGUGCCUAAGGCGGCCAUCUUUGUGGCAGAAAAGAAGGAAGAUGAGGUGGAGGCCCUCCUGAACAACAUGCGUGUUUACGGCACAUGCUGUCUUACACUUAUGUCUGUGGUCGUCUUUGUGGGAGUCAAAUAUGUCAACAAGCUUGCUCUCGUAUUCCUGGCUUGUGUCUUUCUGUCCAUUCUCUCCAUCUACGCUGGAGUAAUCAAAACCAUCUUUGAACCACCUGACUUCCCUGUUUGCAUGUUGGGGAAUCGCACCCUGCAGAACCACAACUUUGACAAGUGUCUUAAGACUGACGUAAUCGAUAAUGUGACCGUAACUACCCAGCUGUGGAAGUUGUUCUGUGAGGGUCCUGAGCUCAAUGCUACCUGCAACGAAUAUUUCCAGAACAACAACGUAACCAAGAUCCAAGGCAUCCCUGGACUUACCAGUGGAGUCAUUUCAGAUAACAUGUGGUCAGUGUAUGGUCCUCUAGGUUUGUUGGACGAAAACAGUAAAUUGUCUUCUGCGGGAGGAAGUGAUGCCACCCAGGAUAUCUACAUGCCCUAUGUGGUCAAUGAUAUCGCUACCUUCUUCACGCUGCUUGUGGGAAUCUAUUUUCCCUCUGUCACAGGUAUCAUGGCUGGUUCAAACCGAUCAGGUGAUUUGAGGGAUGCCCAAAAAUCCAUCCCAAUUGGAACCAUCCUGGCCAUCUUUACCACUUCUAUUAUCUAUUUUAGCAGCGUGAUGUUAUUUGGUGCCUGCAUUGAAGGUGUUUUGCUCCGAGACAAGUUUGGCGACUCUGUGAAAGGAAACCUCGUUAUCGGCACGCUGUCUUGGCCCUCGCCGUGGGUGAUUGUCAUUGGCUCCUUCUUCUCCUGCUGUGGUGCAGGAUUACAGAGUUUGACCGGGGCACCGCGCCUCUUGCAGGCCAUCGCACGAGACGGCAUUGUACCUUUCUUACAGGUGUUUGGACAUGGGAAGGCUAAUGGAGAACCUACCUGGGCUCUCUUGCUGACUGCCGGGAUCUGUGAGAUUGGAAUCCUUAUCGCUUCUUUGGAUGCUGUAGCACCGAUCCUUUCCAUGUUUUUCCUUAUGUGCUACUUGUUCGUCAACCUGGCCUGUGCAGUCCAGACGUUACUGCGAACGCCCAACUGGAGACCACGCUUCAAAUAUUACCACUGGACUCUGUCCUUCGUGGGAAUGAGCUUGUGUCUCGCUCUCAUGUUCAUUUCCUCCUGGUAUUAUGCCAUCGUUGCCAUGGCCAUCGCUAGCUGCAUCUACAAGUAUAUUGAAUACAGAGGGGCAGAGAAAGAAUGGGGAGAUGGCAUUCGUGGAUUGUCACUAAACGCAGCUCGCUUUGCCCUCAUUCGUCUGGAGGAAGCUCCCCCACACACCAAAAACUGGAGGCCUCAGUUGUUGGUGCUCUUGAACCUGGACUCAGAUCAAGCAGUUAAACAUCCUCGCCUACUGUCCUUCACCUCUCAGCUGAAGGCGGGAAAAGGCCUGACGAUAGUUGGGAACGUACUAGAGGGAACCUUUCUGACCAAAGAGACAGAGGCAAAGAAGGCAGAACAGAACAUCAAGUCUUCUAUGUCGGCAGAACGGACCAAAGGUUUCUGCCAUGUUGUCGUGUCCUCCAACCUCCGAGAUGGCGUCUCUCAUCUGAUCCAGUCAGCCGGGUUGGGAGGCAUGAAGCAUAACACGGUCCUAAUGGCCUGGCCCGGAACCUGGAAGCAAUCAAAUGAUCCACAAUCAUGGAGGAACUUCACAGAGAGCAUACGGGAGACCACAUCUGCCCACCAAGCCUUACUUGUGGCCAAGAACGUGGACAGUUUCCCAACCAACCAGGACCGCCUGGGCGAGGGCACCAUUGAUGUGUGGUGGGUGGUGCAUGACGGAGGCAUGUUGAUGCUGCUGCCCUUCCUGCUGCGACAGCACAAGGUGUGGAGGAAGUGUAAGAUGCGCAUCUUCACUGUGGCCCAGAUGGAUGACAACAGUAUUCAGAUGAAGAAAGAUCUGCAGACCUUCCUCUACCACCUGCGACUGAAUGCAGAGGUGGAAGUGGUAGAAAUGCACGAUAACGACAUCUCAGCCUUCACCUAUGAGAAGACUCUGGUGAUGGAGCAGCGCUCACAAAUGCUGAAACAAAUGCAGCUUUCCAAGACCGAGAGGGAGAGAGAGAUUCAAAGUAUCACAGAUGAAUCACGUAACUCCAUCCGGCGGAAGAACCAAGGAGCUGCACAGACAAGCAGACAGUCCUCACCAACAGAGGACACACAGGAGGAUGAGGCCCAACUCAUCCAUGACAGAAACACAGCCUCUCACGCUGCUACCAACGACAAAUCAGAAAUUGGAUCGGACCGAGUUCACAUGACCUGGACCAAGGACAAACUUUUCGCCGAGCGGGGUCGCAACCGGGAGUGCAACUCCAACGUGGCCGUAAGAGACCUGUUCAACAUGAAGCCAGAGUGGGGGAGCCUCAAUCAGACCAACGUGCGUCGUAUGCACACCGCCAUCAAGCUGAAUGAAGUCGUGGUCAACAAGUCACAAGGAGCACACCUGGUUCUUCUCAACAUGCCUGGACCACCCAAGAACCGAGGGGGAGAUGAAAAUUACAUGGAGUUCUUGGAGGUUCUCUUAGAAGGUUUGAAUCGAGUCCUGCUGGUCCGAGGUGGAGGCCGUGAGGUCAUCACCAUCUACUCUUAGAAAGGACGGCGCCCUCUGAUGCACACGUGAGGAAUUACAGUCAGCGGGGAUUUACGUCCCGGACAGGAAGUUAGCGAUGUUAUGAUGAAUCCAUUCAAGGUCAGCAGGACCUCCAAAAACAGAGACGAUUCCUGCGCCGAGAAAACAGAAAUAGACACUUUAUAUUUUUAUCCAUCACUUUACUUACUAUGUUGCGUUUCACUUUCUUCUUGUGUUCCACCUCCUCGUCUUUCCUGACAAUUUUCUCCACCCAAACGUUCACGCUCACAAGACAAGUACAGUACGUCAGGCUCCCCCAUGUUCACACAGUUCUUUCUUUAAAACAUUCUUUUUCAUGGCAACAUGGUUGGAUGGCGCUAUCUGCAGGGAAAAAUACGGUGCAGAUUAGAACCCAGCAGAGGGCGCUGUCUCACAAGUUAAUUUAUUCAACCUUUGCCAUUAGGAAGAUGCUUUAACAAGACGUGACGUUUGUAAGUAAACCUUUUUUAAAUACUGUAUGCAUAUUUAAUAGGUACAAUAUUGUAUACAUAUUUGGUAAGUACAAUACUGUGUGUGUGUAUAUAUAUAUAUAUAUAUAUAUAUAUAUAUAUAUAUAUAUAUAAUUAAAAUACUUUAUACACAUUUAAAAAGUACAAUAUUGUAUACAUAUUUGAGAAGUACAAUACUGUAUACAUGUCAUUCUUUGCUAAUGUUUAAAACUUGUUUUAAGAAGAGUGAGAGGUGUAUUUAAAUAAAAAUGUUUUUAGGACUUUUUUUUUUGGAAGGGAGGGGAGGGUAAUCCAAAUACAGUAGGGAAAGGAUUUAUAUGGCCCCAUUUCUGGGUGUAAGGGGUGGGGGGUUAAUAAACUCACAAUGCAGUCUGCUGAAAAUGAGGGAAAGCGGCACUCUACAUAGCAACUUACGUUGGGGUCAAAGUCGAGAUUGCCGCAAAACACAUUUUAAAAAUGUCCACACUGACAGUCAAAUGGAAUUGUGCACCCCCUCCCCCAAUUUGUCACGUUUCAUAUGUCAGGAAAACCUCGACCAAUGGGGCUGCAUAAAUUCUCUUCCUGCUGUGCAUAAUCCACAAACAAAGAUCUUGUCAGUUAUAUAUUUCCCAUAUUUAAGUCUCUCCGGAACAUUCUGAAGCAUUAUGCAUAACAUUUUUAGCUUUUUAUUUUGUGUUUUACUGUUGUAUUCACGCACAUAAAAUAACUUGUUCAAUCGCGGCGUUCCAUGUAGUAGUACUAUUUGCUUGUAGUAGUAAUACUACUUGCUUGUAGUACGACUUGGAAAGCGAUGUAGUAGACAAGUACAUUAUGCAUAAUGUCAGCACUUCAGUUGGACUAAUUAUAUUUUGGCUAAUAUUUAUACACUGAUAAUUGUGUUUUUUUUCCAAAGUAAUAUUUUAUUAGUUUGAGCACACAACAGAAUUAAAUAACACAAUCUCAAAAUGUAGUACAGUAGGAGAAAGUGCCAAAAAUUGGAAAUAUCAAAGUCAUGCGGUGGCAUUUUGGAAUAUGCGAAGAAAUCAUGAGCUGCAGGCAGAAUUUUGAACAAUGAAUAAUAAACAAACAUUUUGUCAGCUGACGCAAACUUGAUGAAUUUCAUUUUCACUGACAUUUCUUUGGUUUUAGUAUAGAAAGAUCUAUUUUUCAGUGUUUCAGCCUGUUGGGAAACCAAGAAAAUACUCACAAAUAAUUGUGAUGUUUGCAAAAUCUUUCUUUGCCGUUCAUAUCCUCGCAGUUUCUUUCAGCUAAGUAUCGUUUAUUUAUUUUUUAUUAAGUCCUAUUUCGUUGCAAUUCUUUGAGGCUGGUGGUCAUAUUGACUUUAUAUUGUGUGUUGUUUGUUGUGUUUUUCUUCAGUUGUUGUGUAAUCACAUUGUCACACACUUUAGUGCAGGAGGGUCUAAAGUUUUUCCACCCCCCAAAAAAUAUCUUUGCUACAUAAAAGUAGUUUAUAAAAUAAAUUUUUUAGUUAUUUAUAUACUGAAACAUAUCUGUUGCUGAUAAAGUAAAAUUAAGAAAGGAUAAAAUGCACUUCGGACCUUACUGCUUUAGUGUGAACUUGUGUGUGUAAAUUUGUGUCAACCUAGGCAGGAAGGAAGUUUAUGGAGAUGAAUCUAUUUGACUUUUAGUCGUCCAACUCACUUUUUACUAUAUAUUCAUGCCGUGUUGUUAACUACUGACAUUUUUAAUCUUCCUUUGUUGCUUUUAACCUCACGUGGAAGAAAUAAAAACUGUCUAUUUAAAAAAAAGAAGAGUCCCAAUCCAAAUUAUGUAAGUGUAUUUUUGUUUUUAAAUGUGUUGCCAAGCUCAGUGGCACUCACAUGUCAUCAAAGAUUUAUCUUAAACAAAAAAACAGGAAUAUGAUAUCUACCUCAAUAGCAAAUCAAAAACUCACUGAAACAUUUUGUUUCACUAAAAGGGGAAAGGGAAUUAGAAAAGUCUAGAAGGCGAUGAAAAAGUGUGUUUGUGUGAUUGUUCAAAUGUUUGUGUCUUUGUGUAUCUGUGCGCGCGUGCGGCCUGUAAAGGAAAUCACAUUGUGUGGGAGCAUACAGAAAUAUAGUAGCUUUGUUAUUAAAUUAUAUUUGUGCCUCAAGUAAAUAUUAAAAAAGUGCUGAAGUCGAA